CAAAUCUGUCAUCGGUCAGUCCCUGCCCACUUCAAGUCAGAAAAAAAUUCUGAAGGCAGCAUUACGAUUACCAUUAUCGAAAAAAGUCAACUUGUGAUAGUCUUCCGAGAAGCGCGUGCCGGAGCAUCGGUAUUUUUUAAUCCUCUUCACCAUCAAGAAAGCGAUGCUUAGGUACCCCUUGGAAUCCCUUUCCCGUUCAUCUCCUAACAAGUUUCGGUCAGCAACCGCACGAUAUCAUCGUGAUCGUGUCAACACGUAAGUAAGUAUUAAAUUUGCUCAAUUUUAACAACUUUUGAAACGAUCAUGUUUGCCCUAGAAAGAGGAUGGUUUUUACCAGAUAUUCUGAGCUUGAGCUUUAUAACGAGGAGUAGGGAUAAAAUGGCGCCCUCGACCAGCUCCAUCUUGGCGUCUCUCUUGAGCGAGAGCGUGGGAUCAUCAUCAUGGUCCUGGUCUGCGUGGGCGAAGUACCACGAACUUCCGGCGGGCACGAGUAGUUCAAGGGCAUCACUUUUCACAAGGACGAAGAUCACGAAAACCUCAUUCUACGACAUUCCCGGCCCAGAGCAGGAGAUGGACCAACGACCGCCAAUUUUCGACGCCCAGCUCAAAUAUUACCUGGACGAGGCACGGAACAAUUUUGAGCGCGUAGCCAUGGCCAGAAAGAGCGCGCAGAUGGCAGCGCAUGUGGCGAGUCUCGCAAGUACGGCUGCCAUUGCAAAAUCCCACCAACUGGCGCACGACGUCGCUGUCAGUAUGCGCAGACCGAAAUUCGACACAGUGCGCGAUGACGUGGCGCUUCUCGAACAAGAAGCGACGCAAAAGUGCGUCGACGCGGGACUCUGUAAAGCGGCACCCGCACAAACGCGUGCGUUCGCAGAAGUCCUAGAGGCUCACAACACGGCCAGUGAAGUUAAAGCAUCAAGAAGGUCAUAUGCCGAAGGUGAACAACUUCAGAGAUCGGAAGAAGCCGGUCGUGAGGUUGAGGACACCUCCGCAGGAGAAA